AUCGAGGACAAGCGCGUGCCAAAUGCGGAGGGGGAGUUGGCGGAGAUUCGGGUGCCGCUGAAGCCUGCGGAGGGUCCCGACGGCGGGUUUUGGGCCGACGCGGCGGAGGUGGCGAAAGAGUUGCAGAACAGUCCUUCUCGCAUUGAUGGUCGGGCGAAGAUCUACACGCUACGGGGGAAGUUCAAGCAGUACUUCCUCCGGCUGCCGACGGAGGGGGAGAAGGACUUGAAGACUGCCAAUCUGAAGGUGACGGCGGACCGCACACUUGAGGUUUAUGUUGAGGAUGUGAGU